GAACAGUGUUGGGCAGAACGGACAGAAACAGCUGUUCGACCGGCUAGUGUGUGUGUGCUUCUUCUUGUUCCUCGGUGCAGUGUUUAUCUCACGUUUUUGUUUUUGCCAACUGAUAACGCGACGCAAUUUAGUCUGUAGUAAAAAUCAGUUUUUCACAUCAAUGGAAAAUUGGCCACGAUGAGCGGCAAUAUACACGGACUAAGCUGGUUUCCGCAAUUUCCCGACAAGUUCGUGUCGUGGGGACAGGAAAUCCAUUUGUACGAGGUGCGCCGCAAAGAUGAUCACAGCCAGAAAAGUCGCCUGCCUUAUAUAUCCGUCAACUACCUCGCCAACGAAACACGCUAUCAAUAUGCCCGCUGCGUGGCCGCCUCUUACCACAGUGACCAACCCAUAAUUGCAGUGGGUCUGGCGGAUGGAAAAAUCGGAAUAUGCAACUUUCGGGACACCUACGACAGCAGCUGGGAGUACACCCCCCGGCAGCAGCGCAUGUGCACCUGCCUUGCCUGGAACGAGCUGGACGCCAAUAUCCUGGCCAUCGGACACGACCGCCACCGGAACGACACCUGCAUCACCAUCUGGGACAUCGAACGUGGUGUUCCCAAGGAGACUGCAAACUUUUUCGGCGUCGGCGAGUUCGCCAACUCUAUUUGCUGGGACCGCAAUCAUCGCACAGUCAUUGCGGGCAUGAGCCAAAAGAUGAUCAAGUUGUUUGAUUUAAGACAAAGCAACGCCACCUGCCAGAGCAUUCAAACGAAAACAGUCCAGGGUCUCUCGGUGUCCCCCAAUGGCAACUAUCUGUGCAGUUAUGUGGAUUCGGUGAUCACGCUUUGGGAUCCUCGCAACAUCAAGAGUCCUCUCAGGCAAAUUCAGUCCUCGAAGAAUCACCUGCAGAUCGCAUGGUGUCCGACGAGAACGAGCCUACUAUCCUCCCUGCAAAGGGAUUCCUCAUACAUCACGCUGUACGACAUUCGUAGUGUGGAUAACGAGAACUCCGGAGAGAUCUACCAUGUGAAGCGGCAGAUAAGUCCCUUCCCGGCUAGAUAUCAGUAUAGUGGAAAGUUUGCCUUUGUGAAUUCCCUGUCUUGGCAUUCGAGGGACUUCGAAAGGGCUCUCGUUUUAGCGGACGCCUUAAAUAUCUUGGAUUUCCGACUGCCGGCAACUUUGCACACGGCUCACAGUAAUCGCCGGAAGUUGCCGCUCCUUAUGCAGCGGCCUCUGUUCACACCCGCCUCUCCUACUUCGACUACGGCGGUCACGCCCACCCAGCAGCAGCCCACGAGCAGCUGCAGCACAAACAGUGGAAGUUCCCUGGACUUCAACACUCCCGGUGGAUCCCCUUUGAAUGUGGACCUGCUAGAGCCCGAGCUUUUUGAACUCGAUCUGGUGGACGAGACUCGUCAGCGGGCUCUGGAGGAUUACGGCAUCAAACCUGUUAUCGAGUUUGCCGCGCUACAUUUGACACCGUAUCUGCGGAAUGUAUGGACCACUCUGAAUAAUGUCUACUGCGACGAUCGGUUGACGGGCUUAAAGGCCACUCUGGGCAUCAAUUUAGGCCACACUUCAGAGGCCUUGAUGGCCAGUUCCCGCAUCGAAUCUCAAGUGCUCCAAUGGCCAGAGGGCAUCAACAACUCCAACAAGCUGAUAUGCUACAGGAGUGAGCAGCGGGACCUGGCUCUUCAGCUCUGCGGCUGGGCCUUUGAACAGGAGCUGGAACGCUUCAUCGACCAGUUGUAUGCCAACAAGGAGUACAGCCGUGCGGCCAUGAUCUGCGUGUUCCACUUGAAGAUCUUUCACGCCUGCAACAUCCUUUCCUCGGCGGCGGACAACAUGAGAGAUCCCAGCAUGUACAGGAUCACGGUGAUAGCGUUGUCGAGCUUCAAUGCAGAUCGUUGCAGCUCCACUUGGCGAAAUCAGCGCUCCAGCGCCAAUAUGCAGAUAAACGAUCCGCAUUUAAGGGCCGUUUUCUCCUUUUUAACCAUGGAAAAAGAUAAUUUCGAUGCGGUCCUCAAGGAGGAGGGCGUCUCCCUCUCGGAUCGCGUGGCCUUCGCCUGCAAAUAUCUGUCAGAGACCAAGCUAGCCGACUACAUUACCCAACAAAUCCAAGCGGCCAUAGAUGGCGGCGAUCUAAAUGGUUUGCUGCUCACUGGUGAGUCGCAGGACGGAAUCAACAUACUACAGUCCUACUUGGACACCAGCUUCGAUGUGCAGACUGUAGCCCUGGUGGCCAUUAACUAUUUCCGGCAAGAGCACUUUGCGGACAAGCGCAUUCAGUACUGGAUCGCCAGCUACCUCGAUCACCUGAACAGCUGGGGUCUCUGGGAGAAGCGGGCGGAGCUGGAUAUCAAGAUCGAGAGAAUUCGCGCCUCUUCGCGCAGUUCUCGCACCGUCUUUCUGUCCUGCAACUUCUGCGGCAAAUCCGUGUCGAACGCAUUGCUGGACGAGCCUCGCCCACGGAGCACCACAACCAGCACCAACCGACUGUCCUCGUGUCCUAGCUGCCGCAAGCCGUUGCCACGCUGCUCCCUCUGUCUGAUGCACAUGGGAACGAUGGUGAACAUGAGCAACGGGGAGACCCCGAAUACCACGUCCGAAGUGUCCGGCUGGCAGACUAAGCCCUUCUCCAAGUGGUUCUCGUGGUGCCAGACUUGUCGUCACGGCGGACACACUGAGCACAUAAUGCAGUGGUUCAAACAGAACUCGGAGUGCCCCGUGUCGUCCUGCAACUGCCGCUGCUUCGACAUGGAUGGCACCAAGCCGAAUACGUUAAGAGACAUUUCCUAGCUGUCCGGAGUGCUCAUCCACAGCCCUUACACGCCCAUGCCAUACGCAUUAAGUUGUUGAUUUGUUCCAAGCGAGCGCGCCUUAAACAAACUCAGAAGUGUUCAUUGUACUUAGACAGGGGAUGUGCCCGUAGCUUUAGUGUUUAUGACCUACCAGCUUUUAGCUGCUCAAUUGCAUUUUAUACUUACAUUCAAAUAAAGGACUAUAAAGAUUAAA